CCAUAUAACAUACCAAUCAUUACUCUGUGUUACAGUGAUUUUAUACAUUGUCUGAACACUGGUGACCAUGGCAGGAAGCACCACGACCCCGACCCUCACUGUCCUUCUCUGUCUCGGUCUGUGUUGGGGCCUCUGGGACCACAUCCAGGCAGGAGUUCCCCCCAAACCCUCUAUCUGGGCUGACCCAGGCCCCAUUAUCAGCAAGGGGAUCCCUGUGACCAUCUGGUGUCAGGGGUCUCUGCAGGUGGAUGGCUACAUUCUGUAUAAAAACAGGGGCUUUGAGCCCUGGAUGACAAGCAUCCUAGAGACCUCCAACAACAAGACCGGGUUCUCCAUUCAGUCCAUGAGAUCACAGAAUGCAGGGCUGUACCAGUGUGCAUACAGCACUGGGGAUAUGGUGUCUGAGAGGAGUGAGCCCCUGCUCCUGGUCGUGACAGGAAUGUACAGAGCACCCUUCUUCUCAGCCCAGCCAGGCCCAGUGGUAAACUCAGGAGAGAAUGUGUCCCUCUUAUGCAGCUCACAGUCCACACUGGACACUGUCCACCUGCUGAAGGAGGAAGGGCCUGAGCCGGCCCAACAAAGGAAAUUGGAGUGGAAUUCCUAUGCUAGGAGGUGGCAGGCUGUCUUCUCUGUGGGCCCCGUGGGCUCCACCCAUGGGGGAACCUACAGAUGCUAUGGUUCCUCCAGCUCCAACCCCAAUGUGUGGUCGCAGCCCAGUGUCCCUCUGCACCUAGAGGUCACAGGUGUGUACAGGGAACCCUCCCUCUCAGCCAAGCUGGGGCCCCUGAUGCUGCCUGGAGACAAUCUGACCCUCCAGUGUCACUCGGAGCCUGGCUUUGACAGAUUUGCUCUGACCAAGGAUGAGGGACUCAACCCCCACCCCCAGAGUCUCCAUGGACAGCACAGUCCCAACUUCCCCCUGGGUCCUGUGAACCUCAACCACGGGGGCCAGUACAGGUGCUACAGUGGACACAACCUCUCCUAUGUGUGGUCAACCCCCAGUACCCCCCUGGACAUCCUGAUUGCAGGAAUGUACAGGAAACCCUCUCUAUCAGCCCAGCCUGGGCCCUCAGGGCCAUGGGGAGUGAACAUGACCCUGCAGUGCCGAUCUGAGGAAAGGGCUGACACCUUCCACCUGCACAGGGAGGGGUCCCUGGAUCCUCCCCAGCAGCUUCAUCUGAAGGACACAGCUGCUCCCUCUCAGGCCAACUUCACCAUCAACCCUGUGACCUGGGGCCACAACAGGACCUACAGGUGCUACACCUCACACAGCUCCUCCCCCUUCCAGUUGUCACAGCCCAGUGACCCCCUGGAGCUCCUGGUCUCAGACUACACAGUGGUGAACCUCAUCCGAUUGGGUGUAUCUGGCUUGAUCCUUGUGGUCCUCGGGGUGCUGCUGUUUGAAGCUUGGCACAGUUGGAGAAGACUCCACAAUGCAGCCAGCAGCUGAACACAGGGGACAACAAACCCACCAGUCAGCAAGGUGGAGACUGGAGAAGAGUCGGAUGACCCAAAGAAGCUCUGGAGGAAACUGUGGGCGCCCCUGGGAAAGAGUCUGCUGAGAAUGUGGAGGUUGUGGGCGUGGUUCCUGUGCAGGGAGAGGUGGGGCUGCUGCUGCAGAGGCUUCUCCACAGUUAGGCUGUGGGUGUCUCA